AUGAUGAAGGUGCGGGCUGGCGAAAUCACCGUUGCCCAGAUGGAGACACAGCUGCUCGAGAUUGCGACGAAGCAAGCGGAGGAGGAGAGCAAAGAGAAGGCGCUUCUGGAGGCUGUUGCCGAGGAAGACGAAGAGGAAGAAGAACAAGAGGGACAGGAAGAGGGGGGUGCAGCCACUACUGCAUCUGCCGCUGACACUUCAAAUCCGCUCGCAGGUGCACAGCAGUCCCGUCCGACACGCGAAGAGCUCCUCAUGAAGAUGAACGAGAUUGCGGCGAGUCAUCUUCCCCAGGCGCUCAAGGCCCAGCUCCUCGGCACCCUCAUCGUCGAGCUCUCCGCGCUGGGGGAGGCGCCAGCGUCGCUGGUUGAUCAGGCGUUUCGACCACAACAGCAGCCACCACAACAGCCACCACAACAGCAACAACAGCAGCAACAACAGCCACAGCAGCCACAGCCACAGGAAGAUGCUGCCUUCUACGGGAAGGUGGACGAGUCUGCCGUGUCCUCUGCUGCGCCACCGCGGCCGUCACCGAUGGCGCAACAACAGCAGCAACAGCCGCCGCAGCGACCACAGCAGCCAAAACCACAGCAGCAGCCACCACAACAGCAGCCUGAAGGCGACAUCUAUGCUGUCCCGUUCAACGUUGGCGAUGCACCGAAAACGGGCACUCUGAAGCGUGGCCUGCCACCACCAAACCUGGCGCCCGAGCUGCCGCCACGCCCACCAAUGCCGGCACAGGACAGUGCACAACAGCAGGCUGAUGCCCAAUCACCAGAAGGACAUCGCGCACGCGGGGGCUCGAUAACACCUGGGAUGAUUGCGUCUGUCCCUGAGACGCUGCGCGUGAGUCUGAUGGCGAAGGUCAAGGCUGGCACCAUAAGCAUGCAGGAUAUGGCUGCACAACUCAAGGCAUUCUCGCAGAACACUGAGGGACAGCAGCAACAGCAGCAGCCCCAAGCGCCACAGCAGCAGCAACAACAGCAGCAACAACAGCAGCAGCAACAACAGCAGCAACAACAGCAGCAGCAACAGCAGCAGCCUGAGCCGAUUUUGGAUCAGGGAGCAAUUUACGCGGAAUGCGACGCAGAGCCCGCACAGCCAGCGGCACAAGAGCAGGAGGACCUGUUGUACGAUGAUGGGGACAAUUUGCAGUCACAGAUCGCUGCAGCCCGCGCACCGCCACCGCUGCCUCCGCCAUAUGCGGGCACAUCAGCCGCAACCACGGCACAGCAGCAGCCGGCACACAUGCACGCGCCUGAGGACGAUAUCUACACGGACGUCGAUGAGCAGCGGACACCAGCGUAUGGAGGACCGCGGCCCGUUGCACAGAUGCCAGCAGACACAUACGCAGCGCUGCCGAAGAAAGGUGCGCUUGUGGAGAACAUUGUGGAGCAGGAAGCGCUGCUGCAGAAUGCGAUGGGACUGCUUGGCAGUCUCGCACCGCAACCGACGGACGAUGGCCUGCGACAGCUCAUCGCCUGCCUGUCUCUGCAGGGGCUGGCCGAGUUUGCCAACCCAUUGAAGCAGCAGGGUUACGAGGACCCAUCGUUCCUGGUCGACGCAACAGCGGAUAUGCUGGUUGGCCCAGGCCUCGCUCCAGACACAGCCACGGCACAACGCAUCAUUAACGCUGCCACCUCCUUCGUCGCCUCCGCCUAA